AUGGCUCGGCCAUCCUCAGGGCGCAUUACUCCAACCCAUAUCGUCUGUGUCUUGAACUCGCCUUCCAUCUCCUCUUCUUCUUCCCCGGAACCUCAACAACUUGCUUCCAACUCCAACAUGAAGAAUAGUAUGCGUGCAGACUCCCAGGAUGCCACUAUGCCCGUCACCUAUACACCAACCACCCAUCGCAUCAGCAAGGCCAAGAAGGGAAAGCGCGUGCAUGCCUGCCAACACCCAGGAUGCGAAAAGGUCUUCACCAGGGCUGAGCACCGAAGACGCCAUGAGUUGAACCACAACCCCGAGGCAACGUACCGCUGCGCAGUACACGGAUGCAAAAAGGCAUUCCACCGCGCCGAUCUACUUGCCCGCCACAUGGAGAGACACGAACUCGAAUCGCAAUCAGGACAUCCCUCAUGGGCAUCCAACGCCCAAAAGCAUAUCAUAACCGACUCCGCUGUCUCGCGCUGUAUGCCAAUGGGCCCCGGAAUGCCAUUGACCGCAACCCCCCAUUCACACUCCAUGUCCAUCGGCUCACUCGUCGCUCCGGGGAUUCACCCAGACCUGGCCAACGACUGCUCAAUGAUGUGGAGCGGCGUCGACUUGCCCCUACAGCCCCGCCCAGCCUUCCAUACUCAGCUCCCCGAAUCCGUCGACGACAGCCCGUUCUACUCUUCCCCCGCAGAUACCUGCCCCUCGCCUCUGUCGGAUGCAACUUUCUCUCUCCCUCCCCACUCUAGCUCCUCUAUCUCUUCCGCGUCCGUGUCUGUUAUCGACCAGUACCCGAAGAAUAUCAUGAAGGGCUCGGUCACUUCGUCCCCACUUCAGAUGCACACUCCCCUCCGCUGGGAAACGGAUGCUGGUAUGCCGCCGUCGCAUCUAGUCCCCAUGUCCAUGGGGGAGAAUAUGAUCCAGCCGCCUGUUCAGUGCCAUUACCCUUCGCCUCCGUGGUCCAGCGCAGACUGCCUUCCAUACGAGGACCAGGUCCACCCCAUGCACCAGUUCCAAACAGGGACCUGGGGCAUGUGA